CACCGGAUUUUGACCAUGGAAGGAAAAAGCACCGUUCACAGUGAGAAGCCGUACACGUGUUUCAUGUGUGGACGAGGCUUCAGCCGAUCAUCUGGCCUCUCGAGGCACAAGUGCGGCCACAGUGGGGGGAAGCCAUGGAGAUGUGAAGACUGUGGGAAGGGAUCUGAAUCCCCGCCUGAGUUGGAAAGCCACCAGUGCAGCUGCCGCGGGGAGAGGCCAUUCACCUGCACCGAGUGCGGCAAGGGAUUCACCCGCUCGUCCCACCUGCUGACCCACCGGCGGGUCCACACCGGGGAGAGGCCGUUCACCUGCACCGAGUGUGGCAAGGGAUUCACCCGCUCGUCCCACCUGCUGACCCACCGGCGCACCCACACCGGGGAGAGGCCGUUCACCUGCACCGAGUGCGGCAAGGGAUUCACCCGGUCGUCCCACCUGCUGACCCACCGGCGCACCCACACCGGGGAGCGGCCGUUCACCUGCCCCGAGUGCGGCAAAGUCUUCGCCCAGUUACCCAACUUGCUGAGCCACCAGCGAGUUCAUAGCGACGAGAGGCCCUUUAAAUGCCCCGACUGCGGGAAGUGCUACAAAAGCUCCGGGGAGCUGAUGUCCCAUCAGCGCGUUCACACCGACGAGAGACCCUUCAGGUGCUCCCACUGCGGGAUUGGGUUCAGGCGCUCGUCCAACCUCACCCAACACCAGCGCACGCACACGGACGAGAGGCCAUUCCGGUGCUCUCUUUGCGGCACUGGGUUCAGGCGAUCGUCCGACCUCACGGUGCACCAGCGAGUCCACACCGGGGAGAGGCCCUUCACCUGCCCCGCGUGCGGGAGGAGGUUCAUCGAUUCGUCCAACCUGCAGAAACACCAGCGCAUUCACACUGGGGAGAGACUGUUUAAAUGCACAGACUGCGAGAAGUGCUAUAAAAGUUCGGGGGAACUGAUGUGCCACCAACGAGUUCACACCGACGAGAGGCCGUUCAGGUGCUCUCAGUGCGGGGCCGGGUUCAGGCGGUCAUUUCAACUCACUGUGCACCAGCGCACUCACACCGGGGAGAGGCCGUUCACCUGUACUGAGUGUGGGAAGGGAUUCACUCAGUCAUCCCACCUGCUGAGUCACCAGCGAGUUCACAACUAACCACAGUGGUUGGA